AUGCAUUCUCACCUACAUACUCCCUAUAACAUCAACUGCGAGGAGGUUAUGACUGCCCUCGACGAAUGCCAUGCCCGUGGAUUUAUCUACAAAGCUCUUGGAAACUGCAACGAUAUCAAGCGUGAUGUGAACAAAUGUCUUUCCGCUGAACGAUUCGACCGGGCGAAACGGAACCGAGACGAGGCUCGCAGCAAUCGACGUCGCAUUGAAGAGAUCUGGGCGAAAGAAAGAGGGGCUGAUCAGGUGCCCUCCAAUACCAGUGCUGAGAACUCCAAUUCUUCAAAGCAGUGA